UGGUAACCCGGAAGCGGUUGGCAGUGCGGCGCUGUUUAAAGAUGGCGGCUGAGGAACCCCAGCAGCAGAAGCAGGAGCCGCUAGGCAGCGACUCUGAAGGUGUCAACUGUCUGGCUUAUGAUGAAGCCAUCAUGGCUCAGCAGGACCGAAUUCAGCAAGAGAUUGCUGUGCAAAACCCGCUGGUGUCGGAGCGGCUGGAGCUCUCUGUCCUGUACAAGGAGUAUGCUGAGGAUGACAACAUCUACCAACAGAAGAUCAAGGACCUCCACAAAAAGUACUCGUACAUCCGGAAGACCAGGCCCGACGGCAACUGCUUCUAUCGAGCUUUUGGGUUCUCCCACUUGGAGGCGCUGCUGGAUGACAGCAAGGAGUUACAGCGGUUUAAGGCUGUGUCUGCCAAGAGCAAAGAGGACCUGGUGUCCCAGGGCUUCACUGAGUUCACAAUUGAGGAUUUCCAUAACACGUUCAUGGACCUGAUCGAGCAGGUGGAGAAGCAGACCUCAGUAGCCGACCUGCUGGCCUCCUUCAACGACCAGAGCACCUCAGACUACCUGGUGGUCUACCUGCGGCUGCUCACCUCAGGCUACCUGCAGCGGGAGAGCAAGUUCUUCGAGCACUUCAUCGAGGGCGGCCGGACUGUCAAGGAGUUCUGCCAGCAGGAGGUGGAGCCCAUGUGCAAGGAGAGCGACCACAUCCACAUCAUCGCGCUGGCCCAGGCCCUCAGCGUGUCCAUCCAGGUGGAGUACAUGGACCGAGGUGAGGGCGGCACCACCAACCCGCACGUCUUCCCCGAGGGCUCCGAGCCCAAGGUCUACCUUCUCUACCGGCCUGGACACUACGACAUCCUCUACAAAUAGGGCCGGCCCGGCCUGCCGCUGCCCUGCCUGCCCUCCCUUCUGCCAGGCGCUAGACAUGUAUAGAGAGGUUUUUUGUGGUUGUAAAUGGUUAUAUUUCACCCCCUUCUUCCUGUCACACGACCUCCCGUGUUUUAUUAAAGGGGAUGCUGGUGGUGAGCCGCGUGUGUGCGUGUCCCUGCUCUGCUGCUGCCUGCCCGCCUGGCUGCUCUGUGUCUGGCUGUCCCCUUACCCCCAGGUGGGUCCCCCAGCCUUUCACCUGCCCGUCCCCAAGCUUCCCCACCAGGAGUUUUGAGGGGUCCAGGCCUCUUGGGGACCCCUCCUGGUUCCUUGGAGUUGUGCUUUCGUUCCUUACGGCCUCCCCCUUCCCUCUUUAGCUGGCCCAGGGGAUUCCAUGGGAUCAUGGAAGUUCCUGGGGACUUGUCCAGGUGCCAGGGGUACCCACCCUUCCAGCUGUUCCGUCAUAGGCCCCGCCUCCUGUGUUGUCCUGGCCAGGACCCCAGACCCCAGCUUCUUGCCCUCCACCCAGGGGUCUGCAUGGAGUCCAUGCGAUGCUAGGGCCUGGCUCAGGGCAGGUAGAGGAGCUGGGGCACCCACUGUGCACCCCCAGGUGGUGCCAGCCUGGUGGGGUAGCCUUCAAACCUGUGCUCAUCCUCAGGCCUAUUUAGGCAGGGCUUGCAGGUCCCCAGUCUUGCCCCACCCCUAGCCCCCUGCCUGUGCCUGCUUUGCACCCCCUUUGCUUGGGCUAUGGUGUCUCUGCAUUGCCUGCCUUUCUGCCUUCACCUCUUUUCUUCCCCCCAGCACAUGCAGGGUCUCAGCCCCCAGGCUGUGAGCUCCUUGGGGCAGCCCUCAAUAAACGGAAGUGCUGCUGC